GUACUAACCACUAACCGCUGCCAAUGAAAAAUUUGGCGAUUAUAUAUAUACUACUGUCGCUGGGCAUGGGUGCGAAUAAAGAAUGUGUGGAUGGCCUAGUUUUGAGAAGGGUGCCUUUAAAAUAAGGCCCUCGGAUUCUAGCGUCCCUCGGGGCUCGGGGAGGAGCGGCAGGCACAAUCUCCUUCUGGUAGCCCGUACGCUUCUUCUACAGGCCCUUGCCUGCCCCCCUGUCCCACUGCCUCCACACACCAUUGUCAUGGACUCAUGGUCACCACCACCACACCACCACACUUCACUCGACUCCACAGCCUCCAGUUUAUCCGUUUGCUCGACACCAUUGCUAUUAUCUCCUCGCUCGCGUAAUCCAUCGUUUUCCGCCGCGAUCAGUUGUUCCUGAUCAAUCCUGUCGAACUACUACUGUAUGUUCCUGAUCAUUUGCUUUGCCUCCUCCUCCUCCUGCUCCUCCCUUCUCUGCUCGUCUCUCCUCCGUGGCCAGCUGAGCUGACCGUUUCGUCCCACACAUCUUGCUGUUUCUAGCUACUACUCUGCGUAGAUCGAUCGGGUCGAUCAGGCUCGCUCGGCUGAAGUUCAUCGGAUCAGAGGCUCGGGCUCCGGUUUCUCGCCCGCAAUGCUGAAGAAAGCGUCAGCAGGAAGAGCUGCGGCCGCGACGGGGCGCGGCGAUCCCGCAGCGCCCGCCUCGCGUCCCAGUCCCACAGCCAAGGUCGCCGAGGGCGGCGCCUGCAGCGCCAGGCCGGCCUCUCGGCUCCUCUCCACGAGGUCAGUCCCGAGCCUCUUCGCGGAGUCCCCGAUGACGACGAGCCCCGCCGCCUCCGCGCCCGAGCUGCUGUCCAGGGCCCCGCUCCGCUCCGGCGGUAGCCCGGGCGCGGCGGGCCUGGCGGGCGUGCUGGUGGCGGAGGAGGCCGACGAGCGGGGGUCCUUGUUGAGGAACGGGCGCAGGGUGCUCCGCGGGACGCGGCUCCGGGUGCAGCUGCCGCCGCCGCCGCCGAUCGAGUUCGGCGUGAAGAACAGGGAGGCCCAGCUGGCGCUGCUCUCCCCCGUGCAGCGGUCGCCGGCGCGGCUGGCAAGGCGGAGGAGCGAGGUGGAGGAGGAGCUGGCCGGCGAGGACUACACCUGCGUCAUCGCCCGCGGGCCCAACCCCAGGAUGACGCACAUAUUCGAGGACCGCGUCGUCGAGAGCUCGACCUCGACCUCGAGCUCGACCUCUUGCGAUGGGUGCAACAAGGAUGCUGCUCUCUUGCUGGUGCUGGAAAGCUCUACAUGGUGCUGUCUCUGUCUCCUGGAUGGAUUACGACAACAAUUGUGUCUGUUUGGUCUUCCAGAGGCGACAGCGAGUUCUGCAUCGACCAACGGAAGGCGCUGUUUGGCGGCGAACGGGCUGGCGGCGAGCGGGCGGUGACAAACUGAACUCUCCGUCCUGAAUCUUGGCACACCCGCGCUAUAUGUGAAGCGACGAACCAUUCCGUUCUUCAUCUCGUUUGAAGAAAUUUUGAUCCGUGCUGGGACCAAUGCUAUCGGGUUCAGGGUGAUUUGUCCCUGUGUCUUUUUUGGUGAUUCAUCUCUCUAAGUUUUAGAGCUAAGGCUCCAAACAAAUGAUUUACAUGUUACCUUUAAACAUUAAGCCCACCUUAAAUUAAAGUUUUAGAGCUUUUAAAGCGAGCUAAAGUGCACUAAAGCUUUUAGAACUCUAAAACUUAGUCCUGAGGCUCUAAAUUUGUCGUUAGGACAUGUAUAACCUUAUUUAAUAUGAAGUCUUUUGAGCAGUCUCUAAAUGACUAAGUGUAAAAAAAUAUAAGAGACAAACUCUUCACGAAGAACCUGUCUCUUCACGACUUUCUAUACACGUUGUCUUUUAGGUGCA